AUGGUAGCCAUCUUGAAGAACUUUGCUGAUGAAUAUGAGAUAUCCGAUGACAAAACUCGUGUUUCUCUAGUGGACUACAAUGGUCCUGCGAUUGCCAGGGUCUUCUUCAAUGACGGUUACAGCAAAGCCAAUUUUACAAGUUUCAUGAGCAGCAUACCUGGCCCUGGCGGACAAUCAGGUACACUGAGCGGUGCUUUUACAAAAGUACGAGAUGAGGUUUUCACAACGCAAAAUGGCGAGCGACUAUCUGCGGAGAAUAUUCUUGUUGUUCUGACUCCGGGAAACUUCGAUGAGAACUCUACUGAGAUCCAGAACGAAAUCACCAAUUUUAGAAGCAGUGCAGUGGUCAUUGUAUUUGCCAUCACAGAGGAGCCGGGCAUAGACAAGUGGGAGAAGAUCUCCUCGGGGAUCAACCUCAUAGUUAUACCCGAGCCAAGUAAAGAUACAGAGGAGGCAAAGAAAUUGUUACAUGCUGUGAAUAAAGAGUUUCGCAGCUGCGCAGAAGUGAAAGCAUUCGGGUACUCUUCUGACGGCCAUUACCUGCUUCAUGUAAGCGAUAGUUGUAAAGACCCAACAAGAAUCUACUGCCAUAAUAUGUCAUCUAACACGCCGCAAGAGUUCAUCACCUUGGAGUCGGGUACGGAGAACAACUUUGCUAAUGUGUAUGCCCACAUCGAGGUNCUUGAGUGUUACUUGGUAAACUAUAAUCUUGUAUUUGUGAAAAAAGCUAAAAGGAAAGUGUGUUUGUUCUUCAACAUUCGCUUCUUGAUGGCCAUCGUAUCCACUGAUAAACAACGCAGACGAGAAAGAAGCAUGAGCGGAAUGGCUCUACACGGAUUUGUCUUCAAGAAGAUCUCAGUAACUCCCUUCCUCGAGUGUGACAUCAGCUGUGAAAGAGAAAUCAGGUGCCAGAGUUACAAUUACGUAAUCGGGGAAAAGUCUUGUGAACUGAAUAACCGAACCAGAGAGGCAAGACCUAAGAACUUCCACUCAGACCCUGCUCGGUUUUAUCACGUACGUUUUUUUGGCAGAGCUCCUCUGGGAUCCAUUCCAGAACUGCCUGCAGAGUCGUGUCGGGAAAUAAAAGCGAGCGAAGGUAAAGACGUCAUCAGCAAGAAAUACUGGUUGGAUUUAAGUGCAUCUGGAAAGACAGCUUUGGUUUACUGCGACAUGGAAAUUGAAGAAAAAGCCGUCGACAUUGCUUUUGUAAUCGGUGCGUCUGGAGCUCAAGCGUCUUCAGUCUUUGCAAGAAUGGUAGCCAUCUUGAAGAACUUUGCUAAUGAAUAUGAGAUAUCCGAUGACAAAACUCGUGUUGCUCUAGUGGACUACAAUGGUCCUGCGAUUGCCAGGGUCUUCUUCAAUGACGGUUACAGCAAAGCCAAUUUUACAAGUUUCAUGAGCAGCAUACCUGGCCCUGGCGGACAACCAGGUACACUGAGCGGUGCUUUUACAAAAGUACGAGAUGAGGUUUUCACAACGCAAAAAGGCGAGCGGCUAUCUGCGGAGAAUAUUCUUGUUGUGCUGACCCAGGGAAACUUCGAUGAGAAUUCUACUGAGAUCCGGAACGAUAUCACCAAUUUUAGAAGCAAUGCAGUGAAGGUCAUUGUAUUUGCCAUCACGGAGGAGCCGGGCAUAGACAAGUGGGAGAAGAUCUCCUCGGGGAUCAACCUCAUAGUUAUACCCGAGCCAAGUAAAGAUACAGAGGAGGCAAAGAAAUCGUCACAUGCUGUGAGUAAAGAGUUUCGCAGCUGCGCAGAGGUGAAAGCAUUCGGGUACUCUUCUGACGGCCAUUACCUGCUUCGUCUAAGCGACAGUUGCAAAGACCCAACGAGAAUCUACUGCCAUAAUAUGUCAUCUAACACUCCGCAAGAGUUCAUCACCCUGGAGUCUGGCACAGAGAACAACUUUGCUAUUGUGUAUGCCCAGAUGCUCAUAAGAAGGGGCCACUGCAGUGGUGCUGUGCAAUCCACAUUGCACCCAGAUCGAGGCACCACUUACUUCAGCAAAGUGCGCCUUGAUAUCACAACCAUGAAAAUUUUGAGCAAUGUUUUCACCUUCGCGCAGACUCAGGGAGGUAAAGACAUCCCAUAUGGCAAAGCAGGGGAUUGUUAUUCGAAUAGUCAUGGUAACUGCCGGAAAGGUCAGUUCAAGGUUGAUUUGAGCGGGACGAGACUUCGUGUUCGGAACGAUGUGAAUUGGAAAUUUUCGGGAUGGCCGGAAAGUUUGACGAUGCAGGACUACCAGAAGUCUCCUGAUGGUACAGUGGUGUCUGCCAAGUGUGGAGGUUCGUGUGGUUCAUGUGAGCCAUCUGAGGGAUUUAUCAUAUUGGAACCUUUGUGUUCUAUUCCUGCUG